AUGAUCUGUAGCAGCAUUGGACCCAUUUUACGGAUUUUAGCAGUCCUUCUGUGGGUGCAGCUUGCAGCACUGGUGGGGGCAGAACAGACGAGUUGUUCGUCGCAGAACACGGGAUCGACCCCUGCCAAAUGGUAUAAGUUCCAGAGCAACGGCUGGUGCUCUGACGCGUGCAGUGGCUACUCGUACGCUGUUGUACAGGAUCACAACUGCUGGUGCUCGAACACUGGGCCUUCUUCACAGACUUCCGUCGAAGAUUGUAACUCCGUGUGUCCUGGCUACGGGUACGAGAGCUGUGGUAAUCUGGACGAAGGGCUCUAUGGUUAUAUAUAUCUGGGAUCAGCCAGCUUGAGUCUGAGCUCAAGUCUGAGUACCAGUACCAGUUCUGCGUCUAGUUCCAGUUACAGCUCGACUUCAGCAUUGAGCUCCAGUUCCAGCUCUAGCUCGAGCUUGAGUUCUAGUUCAAGCUCCUUUUCAAGCUCCACUUCAAGCUCCAGCUCCAGCUACAUCUCCAGCUACAUCUCCAGCUACAUCUCCAGCUCCAGCUCUAGUUCCAGCUCUAGUUCUAGUUCCAGCCCCAGUUACAGCUUUAGUUCUAGUUUCAGCGCCAGUUCCAGCUCCAGUUCAAGCUCCUUGAGUUCAGCUAUUUCAUCGAGCAGCCAAAGCUCCAGUACUGCUCUCUCAUCUGCAUCAAGUGCCUCUUCAUCCAGCACGAGCUCCAGCGAAAGCAGCGCUAGCACGAGGUCCGUAAGCUCUUCAGAGUCUUCUUCGUCAAAUUCUCCGUCAUCUUCUCAGAGCUCGUUUUCCUCCACUUCAAGCUCAACAGCAAUUCCAUCUAGCACCUCACCCAACCCAAAAAGCUCAACAAGCUUACAACCGUCUUUGAUAUAUUCGUAUUUGACUGUGACGGCAUUUCCAACUGCUGAUGAAACCUCAAGCGGCAACGUUUACACUACGGAAGUGAUCACUACUGUGAUCUCAACUCCCACGGGACAAAUUUCUGCCGCCCCAAACUCAAAUGGUGCAGAUACACGCAGAAAUAGUUCAAGUGCGAAGGGAUUUUGGGGAUCGCCUGGAAAGAUUGCGGGUACUUUCGUUGCAGUUGGCGUGGUUGUAUUUUGCCUUGCCCUCUUGGCCUUUGUGAUGUGGUACCGUCGCAGGAAUCGGGGUGACGAGGAUUUUGAGAAGCGAUACAACGAUGUGGUUGCCCCUGUCGGUAGCAACACUAGUGUGGGGCCUGCCUCAUCGGCGUCGCCCAACGGAUUCAUAUAUGCUGAUGAGAAGGGAAUACAAGCAGCGCCCACACCGAUGGAUGUUAGUGAAAAGAGGGCCUCGCAGGCAACAAGUGCGGCAGAGUCAGAGAAUAAGGCGGCGCAAGAAGACGCACCCGUUGUUGUUGAUCAACGACUUGACCCUAGGCAGAUGUUUAUGAUGCAAUGGGAGAAUGGUGGAAGUAAAAUGUCGCUGGCUGACGAUGUCGACUAUUCUAGAAAGGUCUUACGGGUAAUGAACAACUGA